AUGUCAACCUCACUGUCCUACUACUCCACUUCCCCUCCUCGCUCUUCCAACCCUCACUUCGACUACCUCUCCCGGAGACGACAGCAGAAGAAAAUGAGUCUCACACAGACCUACUAUCUCGCCCACACCGCCCGGAAGAAGCUCACCACCCAGGCUGCCCGGGCGGAUCACGACCUGCGUCUCCUUGUUGGCCAUGCCAAUCUUCUUGACACCCUGAUGCUCGAGCUCUCCGAUGCAGAACACGAGCAGGAGCGCUGGUUCAACCAGACCGUCAGCGGCGCCUCCCAGGAGGAACCCCAGCACCGGGAAUCGGUUGUUGAGGACCCUGAGGACGACUGGAACCUCGAGGACAUCUCCGACGCGGACUCGGACGUCAGCGAUGACUCUUACUACGACGAGGAAGACUUCCUGGUCAACACUCUUUCCGCUCCCAUCCCGUGCACGCGUACUUCUUCGUCUCCAUCUAUGGGGCCCAUUGUGACCGAGCAAGAAGUCGAUGAGGAUUCCGAUUCGGAGUUUGAGGAAGAUGAUCUGGAGGAUCUGGAGGAACUUGUCCUGACGCGGACGCCAUCACGACAGCACCCGCCGGAACUGGCCUCGGAUUCUGACGAGGAGUCGGACGAGGACCAGCCACCGACUCCGACGCAGAUGAUCUACAACUCGUUCGAUAUCAAGCAGGCUGUCGGAACGACCAAGCUGGCACUGCCGGAUUCGGACCAGUCUGCCUUGCUGGAACGAUAUGUCUCGCGUCCGGAGGGCGCGGUGAUCGAAGCUUUUUGA